AUAAAUAUUAUAACUCCUGUUACUUAUUUCUAGACUGUUCAGCAGGCAUGACCCCCAGGCAGAAGAAGCAUUAGCGAAGAGGAGAGGACGGAACAGUCCAAAUGGGAACCUCAUUAGGAUGUUGGUUCUUUUCUUUCUUGAAAGUGAGUUGCACGAACAUGCAGCUUACUUAGUGGAUAGUUUGUGGGAGAGCUCUCAAGAACUACUGAAGGAUUGGGAGUGCAUGACAGAAUUGCUACUGGAAGAACCAGUUCAAGGAGAAGAAGCAAUGUCUGACCGACAAGAGAGUGCUCUGAUUGAGCUGAUGGUGUGUACAAUUCGACAAGCUGCUGAAGCACAUCCACCAGUGGGCAGGGGAACUGGCAAGAGAGUGAGUUUUAUUGAAAUAGAUGGUUCAGAUCUUUGUAUCACUAUGAAAUGUUUAUAUGUUAUAGGUGUAGAUAUAUUGUAAUACUUUUGUCUGUCGGGUUUAGUGUGUGGAUGGCUGGGUGAUGUUGGUGGCCUGUGAUGUGGUGGGCCCUUCUGGCCUUACACUCAAUGAUUCUAUGAUGAUAUUAUAUUGAUGUACUCUAGAACCAUAGUGACAGAUCAUUGCAGUUGACAAAAAAUGUUAUGGGACUUUUGUAACCACCUAAUUGUGUUCUGACUUGAAUUUUUUUUGGAGAAAAGUAAUGGAAAUGAUAAAUCUGAAUACGUUUGAAUUUUUUAAAGUUCUUUUGCAUUCCUAAGUAAUUAGGUAGUUGUAAAAUUAUAUCUUGAGAAAAAUCACUUUCUUCAGAAUUUUAGACAAGGCAUCUCAUUUUUUUGGAAUGCUUUUGUUGAAAAUGACAGACAA